AAAAAAGAAAACCUAGAGAGCCACAAAAUCUGGGUAGGCGUGGCUGGGGGAGUGUCAUGUGACUCGGGGAGUGAGUGAUAUCGAGUUGGACAUGCCCACCCAGGUUUUACGGCUCCCGGUGUUUUUUCUGUGGGAAAGGGGCUCGGAUGGCUCUUUAAGUGUUUUAAGGUUCCAGACCCCUGGCGUAGGGUCUCCUGCUUGGCCUGGGGGUUGGACUAGAUGACCUACAAGGUCCCUUCCCACUCUCAUAAUCUGUAAUCAGCCUCCCGAUUUCUAUCCUAGUAUCUCAACUACCGAACUGCUCCCUCAGAAAGUGAAUGCAGAGAUGAAAUUUAUGACUGUAACUUGUUGCUGGCAAUCCUUAUGAUUUAUAUUGAUAUACUGACCAUCAAUUGUGUUGUAAAUGUUGUACCUUGAUGAACGUAUCUUUUCUUUUACGUACACUGAGAGCAUAUGCACCAAGACAAAUUCCUUGUGUGUCCAAUCACAUUUGGCCAAUAAAAAAUUCUAUUCUAUUCUAUUCUAAACGGCCAUCUGCCCGGGAUGCUUUAAUUCAGCUUUCUAAAGGAGCCUCAAGUUUGCCAGUUCUUAGAUUUGGCCCCAUAAAAGGCAUUCGCCACGCAUAGAUUUUGCCUUUUUCUCCCCCCCCCGCCCCCACAUCAACAAGGGUAUGACUUCUUGGUGGGGGGAGGAAGCAGCCUAUAACUAGGGGGACUGCCGCCUAUUUUUUUAAUAAAUAAUUUUCAUUGUAGUUUUUCUUUUCCAUAACUAAUAUAGUUAAUUCUAAGGUUAGUUUAUUCAUUUCGGCACAUUCAAAUAUUUUCUGAAUAAUCAAUCCCUCUGGCGGUAAGUUAUGGUGGGGGGGCUGCAGACUAAUUAGUUUUAAAUUGUUCCAAGUGGGGUCAGAAGUAUUCGCGGAGAAGGCACGAAUGAAAGGAGAGCAGCCUUUGCCAACCUUAAGCCGGAGUGCCUGGAACGUUCUGGGAACUGAAAUCCCAAAUCUUGACAACAUUGGGAAGCGCAACUCGAAGGAGAAUCGCUUCUGUUGCAAAAGGAAAAGGGGCGGAGAUUGGAGGAGGAGUUAUUGGGGAGGGAGAAGGGGAAGGGAGUAUGAUUUAGGACCAAAGCUGCAAAACCUGGGGAGAGGAAAGAAGCCCUCGGACGCCGCACGCUCAGCUCUCAUACCUAAGUGCAUUUCAGGCAAACUACUCAUUGUAGGAGCUAUUGUUGUAAUUGCAGCUUUUACCAUUAUUAUCAUUUCAUUGGCUGUUAAAAAGAUAGAAACAUGUUUGCCUUGCCGUCCCCUUGUAAGUGUUCCCUGCCUAGAUUCUUGGAUUAGCUACAAUGGAAAAUGUCUCUAUGUCUCAAAAGAAGAAAGGAAUUGGUCUCUCAGUUUAACAACGUGUACCUCAUUUAAUGCAUCCUUGGCUGUGAUUGAUACUCAGAAGGAAUUGGAUUUUUGGGUGGAUAUUUUCCGUUCCUCUCAUUACUGGUUUGGUCUCUCAAGAAAAGUUAACCAGAUCUGGAAAUGGUCCAAUGGCACAGAGUUUAAAAAUCAGUUUCCAGUGCGAGGAGAAGGCUUCUGUGCAUAUCUGAAUGGAAAAGGGGCCAGUAGUACCGUAUGCUUCAUGAAGAAACGUUUUCUCUGCAGCCGGCCAGAAAGUUACAACAAGGCUGGAAUGAAGGGGAGUUCCUGGCUGGGAGAAAUAUGGUGGGGAGGGCAGAGCAAUAUGACCAUUGAGUGACAGCAUCUCAGGGAGGUCUUAACAUUUUGUGAAGUGGUAUAUAAAUCUAAGUGCUAUUGCUAUUUCUAGUCAGUAUUUUAGAGCCUGGAGUCUUAACUGCACUGAAUGCCUGCUAAUGAUGAGAGGCAGCAAAGCUCUGUGACAGGAACAAAAAAAGGACCCAGAACAGUGGUGGGAUUCAAGUAAUUUAACAACCGGUUCUCUGCCCUAAUGAUUUCUUCCAACAACCAGUUUGCCAAUCUACUCAGAAAGUUAACAACCAGUUCUCCCGAAGUGGUGCGAACUGGCUGAAUCCCACCACUGACCCAGAGAGAAAAACGAGCCUGAGAUGCCACAAACAGAAAAUUCCAAGCAUUUGGAACAUUUCAAAAGUGUCAGCAAUCUCUAGAUAGCUGAAACUGAAGUAUUUAUUUCAGCACAAUCCUACAGCAAGUAAGUCUCUUCAGGGAUGGGCUUCAAAAAAAUUAGCAAGGGGUUCUCUGCCCAGUUGCUGGGUGGGCGUGGCCAUGGUGGGUGUGGCCUAGUCAGCACAGCAGGGGGAGCGUUUUUGCCCUCUCUGGGCUCCAGAGGCUCUCCUCGAGCCUCCAGGAGGGUGAAAACGGCCUUCCCCGGCUCUGGAGGCCCUCUGGAAACAGGCCUGUUUCCGGCCUUCCUGAACUUCUGGUAGGCCCGUUUUUCGCCCUUCCCGAGCCUUGGUGUGCACUCUGCACUUAUCUGCAUUCAAAAUGGGCUGUGUGGGGACCCCUGGGAGGGGAGGGGCAGAGUGGGUGGGGCCAGCCAGGAGUGGGAUUUGGGGAUUCUCCGAACUGCACAGAAUCUUAGCUAGAGGUUCUCCCGAGCCCCUGAGAAGCCCCAGCAGCCCACCCCUGAGUCUCCUUCUUUUCCUCUUUACCCCCUUGGCAAUCUGCACUGAUAAAUCUAAUGCCAUACUUGACUGGGAAGAAGGCAAUUUCUCUUCCUCCAAAGAUGAAGUUCUACAGGUGAAAGAGGGGAAGAUACACAAAACAAUAUUAAGAGGUGGAUGCAGAUUUGAUUGCUAAGAACUGCCUAUUAACUGCUAAAACAGUUAUUGCUGUUAGGUGGCAAUCAGAAGUUAGGGUUAAGCUACUUUUACAGCCCCACAGAUUCUGCUGCAGAUUGCAUGUUUUUCAACAAAAGUGGGUGGGAAAAUAGAAGAGUAGUAUUACACUCACUUUUGCAACUGCUUCAUCAUUCUAUUCCUAUUCCUAUUCUGUUCUGUUCUGUUCUGUUCUAUUCUGUUAUUCCUAUUCUAUUCUAUUCAAUUCUCUAUUCUAUUCUAUUCUAUUUUCUGUUCUAUUCUAUUCUAUUCAUUCCUAUUCUAUUUUCUAUUCCAUUCAUUCCUAUUCUAUUCUAUUCUAUUCUAUUCUAUUCUAUUCUAUCAUAGAGUAUAUUCCAUUGAGCUUAUAGAAAUCUCUUGACUUCCCGGAUGGCAGAGUCUUAAAAGGAAUAAUGCUUAUUUUUAGUCAUUCCACACUCCCUUCAAUGAUCUUUAAACACAGAGAUUUCAUUUAAGGAGAAAUCUAUAUCUAUAUCACCUGUAUGGCCUUUGCUAAAUUUUGGGAAGAGAGCCAAGCUCAUGGGCGAGAAUAGCAUAAAUCCCAGAAAUGAUUAAAUCAGCUAGCCAAUAUCCAUACAGCAGAAAUAUAUGUGUAAAAAUACAAUAGUCUUCAGCUUAAAACCAUUCUUUUAGUCAGUUUGAAAUUGCACCGGUACUGAAAAAAGUGAUUUAUGACUGGUUUUCACACAACUUUCGUAAUAUUCCCCAUGAUCAUGGGAUCAAAAUUUAGGUGCUUGGCAACUGGUGUGUACUUCUGAUAGUUGCACUCUCCUGGGGUCAUGUGAUAACCAUUUACAAUACAAUACAAUUCAAUUCUUUAUUGGCCAAGUGUGACUGAACACACAAAGAAUUUGUUUUGGUGCAUGUACUCUCAGUGUACGUAAAAAAAAAGAUACAUUCGUCAAGAAUCAUAAGGUACAACACUUAAUGAUAGUCAUAGGGAACAAAUAAGCAAUCAAAUCAUAUUAGGAAACAGUCAAUAUAAAUCUUAAGUAUACCAGCAACAAGGUUACAGUCAUACAGUCAUAAGUGGGAGGAGAUGGGUGAUGGGAACAUUGAGAAGAUGAAUAGUAAUAGUAAUGCAAACUUAGUAAUAGUUUGACAGUGUUGAGGGAAUUAUUUGUUUAGCAGAGUGAUGGCGUUCGGGAAAAAACUAUUCUAGUGUCUAGUUCUGGUGCGCAAUGCUCUAUAACAUUGUUUUGAGAGUAGGAGUUGAAACAGUUUAUAACCCUUCCAGCCAGCACAAAACUAGGUUUACAGAUUUCCCUGGGUUAUUUUCCAAGCCUACAUUUCACAAUUCCACCAGCUUCUGUAUUAUCUUAUGUUAUUAAGGUAAAAAAGUCUCCCUUGAGCCAAGAUUGUUCUCUUGACUUCAUGGACACAUUUGUGUAGGUUUGGGAUCAGGACUAUGGUAAUGAAUUGUCACUGUCUUCUUCCAAGGGCCUGGAGCCCUAAUGGAGGCAUGUCGCCCACACUGAAGGUGGUUAAUGGACUGAGAAAAGAUUCUGCCUCCACACCGUUUGUGCCUUGCUCCUUUCCUUGCCAUCUUUGUUAUUUUUUAAUGUUAGUACUUAAUGAUCUUAAUAGUUAAUGUUUUCCUUGCUUCCAUUACUAUUUGAAGGCCACCUCUAGCUAGGCAAGAUGGGCAGCAGUAGUGGGAUUCAAAUCCUGUCGCUACAGGUUCACUCGUGGGCAUGCGCACUCUUGCACAUGCAAUGCUUCUGCACAUAUGACGUCCAGGCAUGUGGAUGGAGCCUCCCGCCACCACUACCGGUUCGCUGAAUCCGGGGCGAACCGGUAGCAACCCACCACUGAUGGGCGGCAUAUAAAUUCAGUAAUAAUCCUGGAAUGGUUAUAGUUCCUACACCAGAUACUGUUUUGGAAUUUCAUGUGGAAGGUGAAGUGCUAACUUAGCAUCUGCCUGCAACUCAUUAAAGUAGCCGCUUCUAUUUCCAGCAUUGCAAAGUAUAUCCAAAGUACUGUAAAUCUUAAAUGUUCACCCAGUGUUAAAAAGCAAAAACAAAAAAUGAGAACGUAUUUUAAAAUCCAUGCCGUAGCCUCAAAAGGGACAAAUAAUGAAAAUUAGCAUGGAGCAGUGGUUUAGAUAACUGAAUUUUGUGCAGAAGAUCCCAGUUAAAAUCCAACCUCCGUCAAUGGAAGCUCAUGAGGGGAGCCCCACUCUGAACUCAGCAUAACUGACACCAGUGUUUCUCAGAAGAUUUGUAGGAAGAGCCUUCUACCUCUACUCCGUUUGUGCCUUGCUCCCUUGCUUGCCAUUUUGGUUAAUAUUUAAGCUAUUUUAAUGUAUUUUUAUUGUUUGAUGUUUGAUAUGACUGAUAUAUAAUAAAUACUGCUUGGUUUCCUGCACCAGAGAGUGUUUUGCAUUUCGUGUGAAAGGUGCAGAAGUGCUAACAUGGCAUCUGCCAGCGUUCAUUAAAGUAGCUGCUUCCAUUUCCAGCAUUGCAAAGCAAAGUAUAUAUCCAAAGCACUGUAAAUGUUCACCCAGAAUAAAACAAAAAUAAAAGGCUCACAAGGGGUAUGAACUUAAUAGCUUAGGUUGUAGACGUAACUUUUCAGAGGUUUUACCAGUACAUAAGGAACAAAAAGGUAAAGGCCAGCGUGUAGUGGAGUUUAAUGUGUGGCUAAAGGAGUGGUGUAAAAGGGAAGGCUUUGGUUUUAUUAGUCAUGAUGUCUGCAACUGGUCCAAUGAAAAAUUGUAUAAAAGAGAUGGAUUGCAUCCAUCAAAGAAAGGGACUGAGUUACUUAGCAAUAAAUUCACAGAUUUUCUGGAUAAACAUUUAAAUUGAACAGUGGGGACAGAGAAUUAACUGAUACAGAAAAUUUCUGUCCCCAGCAAUCGAAAACUAAAAGGGUUAUCAGUGCAUGUAACAUAGAUGUCUGUAUGGGUAAGACUAUCAGCCCUGCUAUCAAGCAAAACCAAGCAUUUAACAGUGAGUGCCAUACCAUGUGCACUAAACCAACAGGUGGCAAGAAAGUAGGGGCAGUCAACACAGGUUAUGUAGACAGUAAACACAAGGUCAAUCCAAAUGGACUCAAAUGUCUAUACACCAAUGCACAGAGUAUGAGGAAUAAACAGGGUGAAUUAGAAAUUCAAGUAAAUGAGGGCAGAUAUGAUAUUGUUGCCAUUACGGAAACUUGGUGGGAUGAAACUGACAAAUGGAACAUACAGCUAGAGGGAUAUAAAUUAUUUAAAAGAAAUAGACCAAAUAAAAGAGGAGGUGGAGUUGCACUAUAUAUAAGAAAUAACUACAUCUCUACAGAAAUAGAGCACAACAAUGAUAAAAAUCAUCUUGAAUGUAUUUGGGUCAAUAUAAAAGGGGUGAAAAACGAUAUUGCCAUAGGUCUAUACUAUAGGCCACCCAACCAAACAGAGGAAGUAGAUGAACUUUUUGCUAGUCAGCUAACUAAGGUAUGUAGGAAGCACAUCACAGUAGUAAUGGGGGAUUUUUUUUUUGUUUAAAAAAGUUUUAUUUUAACAUUCUUAUCCAAUAACAUAUCCAAUAACAUAUUUAAUGUACCAUCAUAUACAAUUAAUCGGAUCUGCCCGGUCACCACCCCCUUCCUUUUACUCUCCUUCUCUACCUUCUUCUACUUUCCACAACCAUCCUCCCCCUCUCUUAUCUACAUCCUCUCCUCCUUCCUCCCUACUCCUUUCUUCUCCCUCUUCUAUCCCUCUUCCUUCCUUUCCUCUUCCUCCUCUUCUCUUUCCUACCUCCUUCUCUCUUCUACUUCCUUCUUUCCCAUCAUUCUGAAGUGGUAGCCAGGCAGCUCCGAUCUUACAUUAAUUAUACAUCUUCAAUCAUCUUUGUACAUUAACUAUCAAUCCAUUUUCUACCCUCAUCCCCCCUCCCCCUCCCU